GAGGAAAGGGGAAUAACUCAGUUUUAGGUAAGUCAUCGCUAUUGCCUAGAAUAACCUGCCUCUUCAGCCCGAGGGAAGCAGAGAGGCGCCUUCUCCUCCUUAAAGCCUGCGGAGCGCAAGCCUCUUGGAGCAUCUUUGGGGUUGACACAGCAGAGGUUCCAGGCACACACAGCCACUCCAGCCAGGAGGCUGCCAUGCCCCACAUUCCUGAGGAUGAGGAGCCCCCUGGAGAGCCACAGGCAGCUCAGACCCAAGACUCUCCCUCUGCAGGACCAUUUCGCAGUCUUCCCACAAUCAUCCUGACGGGGGAUGCCAGUUCACCUGAAGGAGAAACGGACCGAAACCUGAUCAACAGAGCUCCCAGCCCCCACCGAAGGCUUUCCCACCGACAUCUGAAGGUCUCCACAGCUUCGCUGACUUCUGUGGAUCCCACAGGACAUGUCAUUGACUUGGUAAAUGACCAGCUGCCAGACAUCAGCAUCUCAGAGGAGGACAAGAAGAAAAACCUGGCGCUUCUGGAAGAAGCCAAGUCGGUGAGUGAGCGAUUCCUGACCCGCCGCGGGAGGAAAUCAAGGAGCAGCCCCGGAGACUCCCCAUCAGCUGUUUCCCCAAACCUCAGCCCCGGAGCUUCUCCUACACCCUCUAGGAGCUGCUCACUCACCAUCUCCACGCCACCAGGUUUCGACACGGGCAGUGGCCCACAGUCCCCUUUGCCGGGAGCACCGCCACAGCCAAAGGGGCAUGAGGCCGACAUCUCCUCACCUCACCUCGGAGAGCCUAAUGUCUCUAAAGGGCUAGCCGACCGGAAGCAGAAUGACCAGAGGAAAGUGUCUCAAGGCAGACUGGCUCCUCGCUCUCCCACGGUGGAGAAAUCCAAAGCACUUACAGUAGAACAGAAGGAAAACUUUGACCCCCUUCAGCAUCUGGAGGCCACACCCAUGGCUCAGGCUUCUGGAGCAAGCAUCAGUGGGAAAAUGGCCCUGAACAGCCCCCAGCCUGGCCCUGCCGAGAUGGAGCUGGGGAGGCAGCUUCUGAAGACAGCCAGGGAAGGCAGCCCUCUGCCCAGAAACACAGUACAAGGCUCAGGAGGAACUGUUUCUCCACAUCCCCAGGGACAAGGCUCUGCUGGAGAGCCUGUGGGGUCCAAGGCUGGCCCCAAAGCUGAGCUGCGGCCCCCUGUGUCCCGGCCCCCCUUGAUACGGGGAGUCUCCUGGGACAGCAACCCUGACGAACCUGGUCCCCUGCUGCAGAAGGUACUUGCCAAGCUGCCUCUGGCGGAGGAAGAGAAGCGGUUUCCAGGCAAAGUCAAGCCAGCCAAGCCACCUGGGCUCAAAGACUUCCAGAUACAAGUUCAGCCUGUGCGCAUGCAGAAGCUGACCAAGCUUCGGGAGGAACACAUCAUGAUGAGAAACCAGAACCUGGUGGGAUUCAAGCUUCCCGAACUGAGUGAAGCUGCAGAGCAGGACAAAGGAGUCUCUUCGGAGCUCGCCCCUGCAUCCGAGGAAGAAGAGUCAAAGAGUGGCCCGGAUGUGAUGCCCAACAUUUCUGACAUAUUGCUGCGUAAACUGAGGGUUCACAAGUCACUCACUGGAAGCGCCCCUCCACUCACGGAAAAGGAAGUUGAGAACGUGUUUGUACAACUGUCCUUGGCCUUUAGAAAUGACAGCUACACCUUGGAAUCUAGAAUUAACCAGGCUGAAAGGGAACGCAACCUGACGGAAGAGAACACUGAGAAGGAACUGGAAAACUUCAAAGCUUCCAUUACGUCCUCAGCAUCCAUCUGGCACCACUGUGAGCACCGAGAGACGUAUCAGAAGCUUCUGGAAGACAUCGCGGUCUUGCAUCGUCUGGCUGCCCGCCUCUCCAGCCGGGCUGAAGUGGUUGGGGCUGUGCGCCAGGAAAAGCGUAUGUCGAAGGCAACGGAGGUCAUGAUGCAGUAUGUGGAGAACCUGAAGAGAACAUACGAGAAGGACCAUGCUGAGCUCAUGGAAUUUAAGAAACUCGCAAAUCAGAAUUCAAGCCGCAGCUGUGGUCCCUCUGAAGACGGGGUCCCCCGCACGGCGCGAUCUAUGUCCCUCACGAUGGGCAAGAACAUGCCCCGCCGGAGGGUCAGUGUUGCUGUGGUUCCCAAGUUUAAUGCCCUGAACCUUCCUGGCCAAACCCCCAGCGCAUCACCCAUCCCCUCCCUACCAGCUCUGUCUGAAUCACCCAACGGAAAAAGCAACAUACCCGUCCCCCCGGUGCUGCCUGCACUUUUGGAAAAUGGAAAGACAAGUGCGGAGGCUGACUGUGAAGCUGGGGCCCCUGGGCCGCUCCCAAGCUGCCUGGAGGACACAAGCCAGGAGACCAAGGCCAGGGCAGAGGAAGAAGCCUACACCAAAGGAUACCAGGAAGGGCUAAAGAAGACCGAAGAACUUCAAGACCUGAAGGAGGAGGAGGAAGAACAGAAGACGGAGAGUCCUGAGGAACCAGUGGAGGUAGAAGAAACUGAGGAGGAAGAGAAGGACCAGAGAAGCAGCAAACUUGAAGAACUGGUCCACUUCCUACAAGUCAUGUAUCCCAAACUGUGUCAACACUGGCAAGUGAUCUGGAUGAUGGCUGCAGUAAUGCUGGUCUUGAGUGUUGUGCUUGGGCUCUACAGCUCCUAUAACUCCUGUACAGAGCAGGCCGACGGGCCCCCGGGGAGAUCCACCUGCUCCGCAGCCCAGCGGGACUCCUGGUGGAGCUCAGGACUCCAGCAAGAGCAGCCAGCAGAGCAGUAGACGUCGGAUUCUUCAGCCAUGCCCUGCUCUGGUGCGUUCACCCAACACCCUGCCCCCAAGUACAGUGUGUCAGGCCGGUGUGCACAUGUGGCCACUCAUCCAUCCCACUGGGGACAAGGAGGCUUUCUCUUCACCCUCAUCACCUCCAUGGAAGCUAUUCACACACAGUCAUGCUUUGAAGAGAUCAGCAAAACUGCUCUGGGAAAGGGUCUGGUGGACAAAGAAGUGGCCUUCACGGAGGACUCUAGCUCAAGGGAAGAGUCCUGUCCCUGGCUCCGAUGGAUUGGGAGAACUGAAAUCCCUUCAUUCAGGGGACGGGAGAAGCCUGCUCUCCCUUUUCCUGCCUGUGUUUCAUAAUCAGGAAGAGUUGUACUUAAUGACCAGUACUGACCGUGAGGAUCGGACCUGGGACCUGGGGUCACAUGUGGAUGUCUUCCCACUUCACUUACCAUGACUGUUCUUUAGCCUCCGCUCUCCCCUUCAGAAUCACCAUUUCCUGUCUGAGAGUGGGAAAGCGCUCUCAUAAAAGUACACAGGCUAAAAGGAGUCCCAUGCUCGAAAGGAAACAGGAAGAUGUGAGUUAAUAUAUAACGUAUCUUUAUACAUAUGGACAGAACACACAACAUGUUUGUGCACACACACCCACUCUCUGGAAGUGUGCUCUGCUUGGUGGCAGCCAUGUUGUGCCAAUCAAUUAUUUUUCACUAGGUGUGGAACAGUAGUCACCAGGCCUCAAUACAGGGAGCCCUCCACAUACUCUGAAGAUGUUUGAAAAACCCUAAGAAAUCAUGUCUUCAGAUGCCAGUUUGGAGCUGCUGUUCGGCACAGUCUCUUCCCUGGCUGUGUGCUGCAUUUGAACGUGACCCUACACAGUUAACCCACCCCUUGGGUAAGAAAAGGUGUGCCUUCCAGACUCUCACCCUACGUUGCACAUCAAGGCUGCCGUUCUCCUAUUUCCCGCCCAAAUGUGUCCUUCCGAGGACCCGUUCAGCAGCAAACCGAAGGAGUGCACCCCACCUCCAGCACAGCGUCUCUCACACUGUUCAGCUGUCACUUCACUCAGCUCUCCUCAGCUGGAGAUGGGCCUUCUGUUGUGCUUGCUUUUCUGUUUCAAUGUUUUGGUUGCUAACACUCAUGCAGGACUUAUUGUGAGUCCAAAACUGUCUCAGUGUUAUAUAGAUAGUAAUUCCUUUAGUCCUCAAGAAAAACGAAAUCUGAAAUGGAUAGUACUUUCUCUCCAUGCUCAAAUAAGGAAGCAGAAGCAUAAAUCACACACACACACACACACACAACACACACACACACACACUGAUACAACUUGUCAGGCAUAUCUAGCUAGUAUGUAAGUCAUUCAAACUAGAGUGGUCUAGCUCCAGGGACUGUACCCCCCGACCCCUCUCCGAUGGUCACCCAGCUAGGUGCCUUCCGGUCUGAUCCGCCUCCCCACCUGACCGUUCAGCUGUUCCAAACCUGUCACAGUUCUCAAAUGAAAUUGCUUCUCACACUGUGCUUCACCUCAUUAGCAUCUCCCCUGCCUUUGCCCUCUUCUCUCCACUCCUGAGGAGCAAGCACAAACACUACCCCUCUAUACAGGCUUCAGGGCCUCCUUCCUUGUUCUACCAUACCCAACAUCAUGGGUGGCACCUCACUUAGUGCUGCUGGCACUUGUUAAACUUGAGUCAUUGUCCUGUACCUACUCUCUAACUUAUUUAUGCAUCUGUCUCCCUGGACAUUUUCCCUCAAAUACGAUGUCUUACCAUCUCUUGGGUAGGUACCUACCAUGGCAAACACUUUGGAGAGAAUCAUUUCAUGUUGGUUAAAAGAACAAGCGAACAUUCAAGGUGAAGGGCAGCCUAGAGCGUGACCUCUUCAGGCUUCCUAUACCGCCACCCUCAUGACCAUUCCCAUCUCCACAAGAAACCUGUCAUGAGUGAUUCCUGACCUCGGCUUAUUUUUAUCUUUCUCUGUUUACUCUGAGAGAACACGAGUGAAACCAUUCUCAAAGUCAAAUACAAUCACUCCUUUUAGAGAGACACCCCACCCCCAACCCACCCUGACUGGGCCUCACUUUAAAAUGCUGGUUUUGAAGGGACAUCCUUCACAGUGGCUAGAAAACAGCAUCGUGAAGAGCCCAAGGAUGUGUCACUAAAGGUAAUGAGGUUCAGAGCGAGGCAGUGGGAUUUUGCAGGCAUAGGUAGAUGGCUUACCUGGAGUCUUCCAUGGGACUAGAUACAGCCAAAGGAGAUUUAACUACAUAAGCACCUUAUAGCCAAAGACAGUGUAGACAGGGUGCAGAAAGAGCAGACGUUUGGACUCUAGCAGGUCAAUGUCUAAUCUCACCCCACCCACACACCAAAAGAAGGUCCAGCUUGAGUGAGCCCAUUUGGCCACAAAUCCCCACCCCUGUUCUGGGUGAGACAAAGUCGAGGAGAUCAUGUGUCAACUGCUUCAGUGUCAUCCCUGGCCUCGGAAGCCUGCAGGAGUCCUUGGCCUAGACCAGCAACCACACCGCUCCAGUUGGAAGGGCAGUUGAGGAAAAGGACAUCUCCAAAGAGCAGAGCCACGUUUAGGGCAGCGCGGCUAAAAACACACUUGUUGGUUCACCUAUUCAGGAAAACUAGGGAUAACUUGUAGCAGUUACAGCCGCUGCCACACAGCCAGUGACAUGGAAGUCAGCCUUGGUUCCAGAUGUAACAGUCAAAUGAAACCAAAGUUCCUACUCAAGGUGCCUCUGAAACCUAUGGUCUGCUUAGCCCCGAGAGUCUGGCUGCCAGCCUUCUAUUGUAGAGGGACGUGUUUGCAUCAUCACUGAUGUCACUUCCUAAGCCACCAUGAAGUCUGUUUCCUUUGUACAGCCUGGGACGAGGGGAUGGCAAGGGAGAGCCUGGACUUAACGUCACCGGCUGUCAGUCCCUAAUGUUAAGCCUCACACAGGUAGGUGUGCUAGUGUUGAACUGUAGAAUGUCACAUAGCUGAGUUUGAAAAUAAACGCACAUUUCCAAACCUUU